AUGCCCAUUGUGCUAGCCAAUUUCAGCAGCAGCCAUGAUUUCCAUGAGCAUAUCCCUGGCUUUGAAGGAAUGGCCUCCGGUGUCAAAAACCAUAAGGUAUUAGUCGCUGUCACCCGCAGACCUUUAACUAAGGCGCUUACGAAAAUAAUCGAGCCGGUAGUCCAAGAAAGUAACCAUGCUCUCUUGACAAAUUUGGGCAAGACGAGUAGUACGUACAUAAUUCCGCACGAUGAACAAUGUUGUCUUUCUAAUUCAACGGACCUCGCUAAUGCUGCAGGGGCAGAAUGGAAAGCACUCAACUUGAAAGAAACCAUGAUGGACGUGAUUGCUCGUGUGUCGUCCCGCGUUUUCCUUGGCGAGGAUUUGUGCCGCAACGAAGAAUGGCUCCAUAUUACGAAGACAUAUGCAGUCGCCGUGUUCCGAGAGGCAUCAAAGAUGAACAUAGUACCAUGGGUGCUUCGGCCGCUGGUGCAUUGGUUUAUUCCAGGAGUUCAAGAGCUCAGGGACUAUAUGACCAAGGCUCGCAGUUUGAUUACACCACUCGUUGAGAAGCGGCGACAGUUAAAGGCUGAGGCGGCGGCACGCGGCGAGCCCGUUCCCCGGUUUGAUGACUGCAUCGAAUGGGCCGACGAAGAAACCAAUGGAGAGCUUUACGACCCUGUCCUCGUCCAGCUUGGCAUGUCCGUCGCCGCCAUCGACACCACUACCGACCUCUUAUCUCGCGUCGUCCUCGACUUGGCUAGCCGCCCCGAGCUCGUUGAAGAGCUCCGUGCCGAGGUCACCAGCGUCCUGCGCGCCGAUGGUUGGAAAAAAACGGCCCUGUACAACAUGAGGCUUAUGGAUAGCGCUAUUAAGGAGAGCCAGCGGCUUAAGCCCCUAAUGUCGGUUACAAUGCGUCGCUUGGUUAUGGCCCCGCUCAAGUUGUCCAACGGAGUUGAGUUUCGGCCCGGUGAUCGGCUCGAGGUCGACUCGUGGGGGAGUAUGUUGGACCCGGCAAUCCACGAAGACCCCAAAACGUAUGAUCCGCGGCGUUUCCUCCGGUGGCGCGAGACGCCUGGACUUGAGGCGCGGUCACACCUCGUCUCUACGUCGACCGAGCACAUGGCCUUUGGCUACGGCGAGCACGCCUGCCCCGGUCGCUUUUUCGCCGCCAACGAGAUCAAGAUUAUCAUUAGCCACUUGCUGCUCCAGUACGACUGGAAGCUUGCUCCCGGCACUGACACGAUGCCCGUCGCCCACGGCUUCGCCCUACAUUCAAAUGCCGCCACCCAGGUCCUGUUUCGCCGCCGUCCAAACCCCGAGUUUGAUAUUAGCUUGGUGUAA